UCGGGGGUUCUCAAAACUCCAUCACCUUCUCAUCAUUUGCCUUGAACAAUACCCAUACAAUUUUCAUGGUUUCCAACUCCUUUAUUUUCUUUCCCGUUUCUCAUUAGCAUUUUCGCCUGUUUUCUUUUCCUUCUUCGUUCGUUUCCAGCUCCAAAACUCUGAGGGACGGAGAUGGCAAGUAACGGAAACGGAGAGUUCAGCUUCGGGAACGCAACGGCUUCCGUGACGGCGGCGAGGAACGGGUUGGCAAAGAUCCAGACUCAUCCGAAGAAGAACAACGGAAUAUGCCACGACGACAGUACGCCGCCGGUGAAGGCUCAGACCAUCGAUGAGCUGCACUCGCUUCAGAAGAAGAGGUCCGCGCCUACGACCCCCAUUAAGGGGACUCAAGGUGCUUUCACCCCCACCAUAUCGGAAGAAGAGCGUCAGAAACAGCAGCUCCAAUCUAUCAGUGCGUCUUUGGCUUCGCUGACAAGAGAGACUGGACCGAGGGUGGUUAGAGGCGACCCGGCACGGAAGUCCGAGACACCGCGGGCUUCCCAUUCGUCGCACCACUAUUUCACACCCACUAUCAGCGUCAGUGACAGCUCUUUGAAGUUCACCCAUGUCCUCUACAAUCUCUCUCCUGCUGAGCUAUAUGAGCAGUCCAUAAAGUAUGAAAAAGGGUCUUUUAUUACGUCAACCGGUGCCUUGGCCACGCUAUCUGGAGCCAAGACCGGUCGGUCACCCAGAGAUAAACGGGUUGUCAAGGAUGAGACCACUGAGGAUGACCUUUGGUGGGGCAAGGGUUCACCCAACAUUGAAAUGGAUGAGCACACGUUCUUGGUGAACAGAGAAAGAGCGGUGGAUUACUUGAAUUCUUUGGACAAGGUAUUUGUGAAUGAUCAAUUUCUGAACUGGGAUCCAGAAAACAGAAUUAAAGUCCGGAUUGUCUCUGCCAGAGCUUACCACUCAUUGUUCAUGCACAACAUGUGUAUCCGACCCACUCCUGAAGAGCUGGAGAAUUUCGGUACUCCGGACUUCACUAUAUACAAUGCUGGCCAGUUUCCGUGUAAUCGUUACACCCACUACAUGACAUCCUCCACUAGCAUUGAUCUUAAUCUUGCUAGGAGGGAAAUGGUUAUCCUCGGCACCCAGUACGCCGGGGAAAUGAAGAAGGGUCUUUUCAGUGUUAUGCAUUAUCUCAUGCCUAAGCGACAAAUCCUCUCCCUACAUUCUGGAUGCAAUAUGGGGAAAAAUGGAGAUGUUGCCCUCUUCUUUGGAUUGUCAGGUACCGGAAAGACAACUCUGUCUACGGAUCACAAUAGGUACUUAAUUGGAGACGAUGAACAUUGCUGGAGUGAGAAUGGAGUGUCAAAUAUCGAAGGUGGUUGCUAUGCCAAGUGCAUUGAUCUCUCAAGGGAGAAGGAGCCUGAUAUUUGGAAUGCCAUCAAGUUUGGGACUGUGCUGGAAAAUGUGGUGUUUGAGGAGCAUACGCGGGAGGUGGAUUACUCUGACAAAUCUGUCACAGAGAAUACUCGCGCAGCUUACCCCAUCGAGUACAUCCCCAAUGCGAAGUUACCAUGUGUAGGCCCGCACCCAAAGAAUGUCAUACUUUUGGCAUGUGAUGCAUUUGGGGUGCUCCCACCUGUUAGCAAGCUGAACCUAGCACAGACCAUGUACCAUUUCAUAAGUGGCUACACCGCUCUGGUUGCUGGAACUGAAGAGGGUGUGAAGGAACCACAGGCAACAUUCUCAGCUUGUUUUGGUGCAGCAUUUAUAAUGCUGCAUCCUACCAGGUAUGCAGCCAUGCUCGCUGAGAAGAUGCAGAAGCACGGUGCAACAGCAUGGCUCGUCAACACUGGCUGGUCAGGUGGAAGGUAUGGUGUGGGAAGUCGUAUCAAGCUACCCUACACGCGGAAAAUCAUUGAUGCAAUUCACUCUGGCAGUCUAUCAAAUGCAACUUACAAGAAAACUGAAGUGUUUGGACUUGAGAUCCCCACUGAAGUUGAGGGAGUGCCUUCAGAAAUCCUGGAUCCAGUGAACACUUGGUCAGACAAGAAGGCUUACAAGGAAACACUGCUGAAGCUUGGUGGCUUGUUCAAGAAGAACUUUGAUACAUUCACCACCUACAAGAUUGGCAAGGACAACAAGCUCACUGAAGAGAUCCUUGCAGCUGGACCCAUUUUUUAAAAUUUGCAUAAGAAAAGAAGAAACUAUCUAAGAGUAUUUGGGGAUUCAAUCGAUAGAAAUAAGAGUUGGUUAUGUUGGGAAUGUAAUGAAGCUGUGUUUCAAUUGGGGUAUGUAAAAUGGUUAAUGUAGGUUAAUUUGUAGUCAAAAUAUUUAGGUAAAGAAAAUGGUCUUGUGUCUGUUCUCGGUGCUAGUGAUAGCAUACUUCAUAAAUUUUAGAUUUUCACCAAUUUUACAA